UCCUGUUUCUAGCAGCUGAGGAUUGUGGGAGUUGCAGUGCAGAUCCUUCUUCUUCUUCUUCUUCUCUUCAGUGACAGCAGCAGGAUGUUUGUGCUGCUCUGCUGCUGCUCCUUCAGCCUGCUGCGGCUCUCCUCCUCCCUGGUUCAUGGAGGCCUCCAGCUGGACGAGGGCCCGGUGGGCGGCCCCCGCACCGACACCUCCUACCUGUCUGACCUCGAUAGAGGCCACGCCCCCAACCCUCUGCAGGAGGCGGUCCUGCUUCCUGUGGACUCAGAGGAAGACCGCUUCCUGAUGGAGACAGGCUCCAACAAUGAGGACCCGUCUGCGCUGCAGCUGCAGGGCAGAGCCGUGCGCUCCCCCCGCCGCUGCAUCCCUCACCAGCAGUUCUGUCUGGGUUACUCGCUGCCCUGCUGCGACCCCUGCGACACAUGCUACUGCCGCUUCUACAAUGCCAUCUGCUACUGCCGCCCGGUGGGCCACACCUGCCCGCACAGACGCACCUGAGCGCUCGGGCUCCACCUGGGCCUGGUCUGAGGAUGCUGUGUUUAUUUCUCCUAUCAUGUGGUGACCUUCUGUAUGACAACUUGAAAUAAAGAUUUAAUGUUU